UAUUUUCUUAAAAUUAUUUAUUAAAUUAAUAAUUAUAAAAGAAAAUAGAGUAUAAUUUGGGACGGAUCAAAAUGAAAAUAAAAAAGAAAAAAAGAAGAAACUAGAGUAACUGUUUAUUAAUUAGUCAUUCUAAAACUAAAUGUGCAAUUAAAACAAAGUGAAUAUAAAGAAAUUAAACGGAUAGGCCAUUAAGAAGCUUUUCAUUUAAUGUUAGAAUUGCUUUCUCUAAUAUUAUAUAGAUGUAACCCAAGUGACAGAAGUCACAAGACAUAUACCUAAAGCCAAAAACUUGCAACUGCCUCAUCAAUGGACAUGGCUAAAGCAGUGAGAAUUGACAUUAUCACAAAACAAACCAUCAGACCAUCUUCUCCGACUCCUCAACACCUUAGAUAUAUCAAGCUCUCCCUUCUUGAUCAAUUAAAUUUUGCUAUGUCCACGCCCAUCCUUCUCUUUUACCCUUCAAAAGGUGACACUAGUAAUAUUCAUGAUCACAUCAAAGAGCAAUCUCAACGACUGAAAUCAUCCUUGUCGAAAGCUCUUACUCUUUUCUACCCACUAGCUGGUAAAAUUACAGACAAUUCUUUCGUGGAGUGCACUGAUUGUGGGAUUCAGUAUACUGAAGCUCAAGUUAAUUGCGCUAUUUCAGACGUGUUUGAACGACCCGAUAAUGAUUUUCUUGAAAAAUUGAUGCCUAUUGAUCUAAGUUCAACAUUGACAGGUGCUAUAGUUCAAUGUAACUUCUUCGCCUGUGGUGGAUUAGUAAUUGGAGUUAGUCUCUCCCACAAGAUUACAGAUGCCGCCUCUUUGGGCACUUUCUUGGGGGCUUGGGCCACAAUGUCUCUUGGAUCCCCACCACCACAUGUGGUGCUUCCACAUUUUGUCUCUGACACUAUAAUUCCUUCAAUGAAAGAACCGUCACUCCUGCCACCACCACCACCAUUGAUCCUGGAGUUGACAAAAUGUAAAACAAGGAGGUAUGUUCUUGAUGCCUCUAAGGUCUCCAUUCUAAAGGCCAAAGCUGCAAGCAAAUGCGUGCAACAGCCGACUCGAGUUGAAGCUGUGACUGCAUUCUUUUGGAAAUGCUUGAUGACCAUAUCAAGAUCAAAGCAAUCAGGCUGUGCAAAAUCUUCUGUUCUUACUCAGGCUCUUAACUUCCGCAGAAGGUUGGUGCCGCCCUUGCCUCAGAACUAUAUUGGAAACCUUUCCGGCAAAUUUAUUGUCGAAACAAAGGUCACGACGAGUAAUCUAGAGUUGGCAGACUUGGUUUCCCUUUUAAGAGAAGGGCUAGAAAGGAUGUCUAAUGAUGUAGCAAAAGGAGGUCAAACGAUAGACAUGGCAGGAUUGCUAGAGUUUGCCAAGGAGUUCGGAGAACUGCACAACAGAGAUGAUACAGACUUGUAUAGCUUCACAAGUUUAUGUGGGUUCCCAUUAUAUGAGAUUGAUUUUGGGUGGGGAAAGCCAACAUGGGCAAUUGUCACCAAUUUGGUGCUAAAGAAUUAUGUCCUGAUGAUCGAUGCGACGGAUGGCAAAGGAGUUGAAGUUUGGAUGUCUUUGAGUGAAGAAGAUGCAACCUUGUUCGACAGAAAUCAAGAGUUGCUUGCAUUUGCUUCUAUAAAUCCUAGUGUCAAGUGUGGAGAUGGCAAGGGUGAUCCUGCAUUGACAUCCUGUUUGUAGUAUAUAUCCUGCCUGCGAAAAUGGCAUGCACUUGGAUUAAAAUGAAUAUCAAAAUUGUGCAGGAACUAGCUAGAUCAAAGACAUAACUGUAACCAGGAAACACAAUGAGAAAGUCAUAGGUGGCACAGUCACAAGCUUUAUUUAAUUUAUAUUGUGUACGCUAGGAAGCAGAUGCAUAAUACAUUUGUAAAGAAAGAAAAUUAUAUGCUUCUUGCAAUUAAGGAACCACAACUAUGGGCCUUGUUUACAGUCAACCGCAUGCAGAGCUUAGGAAAGUAAAAUUCUCCAGCAACUGAUCACUAAUAUAUUAUAUGAAUGAAGGAUUUAUCCAUGGAA